CUGUUCAGAGUUUCGCUCUCGAUACAGCCACCUGGUGGAUAAUCAAACAGUAGAGGAAGACAGUGUUGUUGUUCAUGGUAGGCCGGCUUUACCUUGUGAUUUAUAGUUCCUGUACUUAGAUUAGUUAGGUAGGAUCCGUACAUAUAGACUUGCGGGGAGCAAAUUGAUAUUCUUCGAUGUCGUUCAGAAUGGUCAUAAAGUCCAAGUUAUGUGCAAUAAGCGUCGACUAGAGACGACGAGCGCGGAGGAGUUCAAGAGGUUUUAUCGUCUGCUAAGGCGGGGUGAUGCUUUCUCCAUAAAAGGUAUACCCCAUCGAACAGGACGAGGCGAAUUGACCGUGAUUGCAACGGAAGUACCCCAAUUGCUAUCUCCUUGUCUUCACGACGUACCGCUAGACGCCAAAGACCACGAGACUUCUCCCUAUGCUCGCCAUGUCCAGCUCCUUGCGGAUCCCGGCACGGCGGAUAUCAUCAGAGCGCGGUCCGCUAUAAUCCAGUAUUUUCGCCAGUUCUUCCUCGACCAAUCCUUCAUGGAAGUCAGUACCCCAGUUAUUGGGUCUGUUGCAGGCGGAGCUGUUGCGCGUCCUUUCUACACGAAUGCCACUGAGUUUCCUGAACGACAAUUGUCUCUCAGAAUUGCGCCAGAGCUGUGGUUGAAGCGGAUGGUUGUGGGUGGAUUUGAUCGGGUGUUUGAGAUUGGGCCUUCGUUCCGGAAUGAGGGGCUCGAUAAAACACACAACCCCGAGUUCACCACAUGCGAAUUCUACCACGCCUACACCAACCUAGAAGACCUCAUGUCAACGACCGAGAACCUCCUCUCUGGCAUGGCAAACUAUAUCAAUCAAUUCAACCAAAACGGCACUCUAAAACCAACACGAGUCGACUUUACCACCCCCUUCCGCCGAAUCGACUUCAUCACCGGCAUCGAAGAGAAAAUCAACCGCAAACUCCCCAACCUCUCCUCCCCAGAUGCCCUUUCCCAAGCAACAAACCUUUUCCACGACCUCUCCCUCCCCCUCCCCGAAAACCCAACCCUCCCCCGCCUCCUCGAUGCCCUCUGCAGCAUCUUCGUUGAACCAGACUGCACAAACCCAACGUUCAUCAUCAACCCGCCAGAAUGCCUCUCCCCGCUCUCUAAAUCCUUCACUCAUCCUACUACAAACCAACGCGUUGCCGCGCGCGGCGAACUUUUCAUCGAAGGCCGCGAGAUGGUAAAUACCUACGAGGAGGAGAACUCGCCGUUUGAGCAGCGGCGCAAGUUCGAAGAACAGGCAAGGUAUAGUAAAGCCGCGGAGGCAGAGGGCGAGGGCGAGAUCGAUGAGACGUAUCUUGAGGCGAUGGAGUGGGGAUUGCCGGCUACGGGCGGUUGGGGCUGCGGUGUUGAUAGACUUGUUAUGCUGUUUACGGGUGCGAAGAGGAUUGGGGAUGUUUUGACGUUCGGUAAUUUAAAAGCUGUUACUAGACGGCCUGGUGGUGCUGUGCCUGGUGGUGGUUCUGAGGUGUAGGAUGGGUUGCUGAGCUGGUAAUUUGUAUGAUUAUGGACUGAUUCUUGAUGUCUAUUGUACAAAACUGCGUUUACGAAAUUAUAUAUGUUAGACUGAAUCUUCACAUAUCUUCACUAUGCAAGGCUC